AUGGAAAGUGAAGUUGUAAAAGCGUUUAACGCGGAGUUGGUUUCAUUAUAUGAAAUAAAACCACCGAUAAGUAAGAAGAAAAUAGUCGAUGUUACGAAGGCAGCGAUGAGGGCCAUCAAAUUCUAUAAACACGUCGUUUUUUGUGUGGAGAAAUUCAUUAUUAAGUGUAAAGCAGAUUAUAAAAUUCCUGGUUUAUAUUGCAUUGAUUCAAUAAUAAGACAGUCACGUCAUCAGUUCAAAGACAAAGACGUGUUCGGUCCGAGAUUUGCGGUCAAUAUGUCAGCGACUUUAUCGAAUUUACUCUUGUGUAGGAGUGAGGAUAAGCCAAAAGUGGUACGAGUACUAAACUUAUGGAAAAGUCACAGUGUUUUUAGUGAUGCACAGGUGGAUGUCUGGCUGGAUUACUGCAGAUUACAGCAUGGUCUUGAGACUGAUUUGAUACAAGUUGAGAAGGCUGUGAAGGGCAGUGAGGCGGAUAUGUCCAUUUAUAAUCGGCUUCCAAUGAAAAAGAAAAUCAACAACGAACCGCAAACACCACCCAUCACAAAAACGGAAUUGAACGCACACACACCCCCACCAACAUCACUACAAGAACAAGAGCAACCGCAAGAAAUGAAACCUACCGUAAGCGAAAACGAAGAUCGCUGUUGCUGUAUCAGUGAAGAAGAGACGUUGUCGAUGCUCAAGACGAUGGGUCUCGAUUUCGGAGGUAUUUUCACGUCGGAUUCGCAGUUGUUGAGAAAUGUGAACAAAAUCGUCAAUACGAAAUUAUUUGAACGACACACGAUCGAUGCCAACAAACAACAUGGCAAUAUCAAGAGUUUGUUGUCGAAGGAGUUCGAUUACAGCGAUGAAGAGGAGGAGAGUGGUGAUGAGGAGGGCAAUCGUAAGUUGCAGAUCGACACCAAGCUCAAUGAACUGACCAAGCAGCAGAUUAUUGGAAUGGCUGAGGAGGUGUUGCGUGAGCCAGAUACCAAGCAGCAGAUACAACGCCUGCACACCGAACGACUCUCGGCCAUCACACAGUCAGCUAUUAACGCCAAUGCCAAUAUGAACAUUCUGCAAUCCUUACAACAUUCCAUCAUUCAGGCAUCAUCUCAACACAACUUG